UAUUAUUAUUAAGUAUGGAAAGGUUCUUAGCAGUUCAUAUUCACCUCAGAUAUCAAGAGCUUGUGACUCACAAGCGCGCUGUGCUUGUGGUGAUCUCUAUGUGGGUGUUUAUUGCAUUAUUAUCUUCAGUAACAUUAAGGGGGCUGCGUAGUACUCGGGAUGCUAUUGACUUAGUUAUUGCAGUAGCUAGUUUCAUUCUGACAUUCGUGUUGUACAUCGGGAUAUAUUUAACCGUUCGACGGCACAAGAAUCAGAUGCAGUCCAUACAAAUACGAGGUGAAGCUCAGUCUGAUGAGAUGAAAAACUUUGCUGGCCGCAUUAAAUCUGCAGUUGGUAUAUUCUACGUAUAUCCCGCGCAUAUAAUUUGUUAUCUGCCUUUUCAAAUUUUCUGGGCUUGUAUCAAAUUCUAUGGCUCAAGCAUUGCUCUGAAAAGACUUUUUCUUUUCCCACUGACUCUGAUCUUUCUUGAUUCAUCUUUGAACACUGUCAUUUACUGUUGGAAAUUAAUAGAUAUUCGACAAGCGAUCAUAGACGUACUACGGAACAUGUCUCGGACGGACAUCCAUUUCGCGAAAUUUGAAAUUGCUCCUCAAGUGUUUUCCCUACCAGCAACUAAACCAGUGUUUGUGACUUGUAAGAGUAGCAUGUAG